CUUGCCUCUAGCUUCUCUAUGUUUCACACAUUCGGGACCAGGUCGCCAACGACGACUGCCACAAGACCAAACCCACCUCGCAGACCAAGAGUCAACAAGUCGUGCUCGGAAUGCACGCGACGGAAGGUCAAGUGCGACGGGGGCCAGCCUUGUAGCACCUGCCAGUACUACCGCAUCUCCGACUCCUGCGCCUAUCAACAUCGAUCCAGGAGGCAGGCCACUAGUAGAAGCGCCCUCGAUAAAGCUACCGAAACCAUUCGUCGCCAGGCGGGCGUCCUGCAAUGUCUCUUUCCCAACGCCGCCUUGGAUGACUUGGUAGGCAAGGAACGCGCUGAGCUUCUUCAGAUUCUCUCGCAGGACUUUUCAGAGGCUUCGCACCUCGCAGCUGUCCCGUCAGGUGGGUCAUCACCCACAGCGUCAGCUACGGGACCUCUUGGCGAUCCAGACGGCGCGGCCUCCGACCGCGGAGACCCAGACGAGGAGCGGCACUGGGAUGAGCUUGCCCAAAAUCAGACCACCAUUGCAGUCAGCGACGAUAUAAAUGCAAUCGGCCUCGCCGGUGAGCGCCAUCGCCGCUCGUAUCUGGGCAUAUGCUCGGUCAGCGCGGUUCUUAGAGCGCUAUUUCGAUCAUGUCCCGGCGCAAAGGACCGCAUCGUGGAGGCGUCCAAGAUGUGGCCUGAUGUCCAGCACGAAACUUCUUCUACUCUUUCAGCGCCUGCGGGCCUGACCGUUACUCAUGGAUCUGACCCCUUGCGAGAGACGCGAUAUGUGGGUUUUUACUUUGAGCAUAUCCAUGCAAUCACCCCGUUCCUCCACGAGGAGUCCUUCAGGGCCACGGUCGCCAACGCAGAUCGACAGACUCACGCCUGGUUAGGUCUGUAUAACAUGGUCCUCACUGUGGGAUCAAUUGCAUCCGGUAGCGACACGGCUCACAUCCAUUACUAUAAUGAAGCCCGCUCAUACCUCGACCUCGAUUCGCUCGGCUCGGGAAACCUGGAAACCUUGCAAGCCCUCUGCCUCCUCGGCGGGUAUUACCUCCACUACCGCAACUCGCCCAACAUGGCCUACGCGAUCCUCGGUGCCGCUCAGCGUCUAGCUAUAGCGCUCGGCCUCCAUCGAGAGUCGCACGUUAGAACGGAUGCCCAAGACCCCGAAACUUCCAAGCGCUACGCGAUCCGCAUCGAGACCCGACGACGCACAUGGUGGAGCUUAUACUGUCUGGACACGUGGGCAAGCAUGACACUCGGCCGUCCGACCUGCGGUCGCUGGGACAGCGUGACGAUGAACACGGCGCUGCCGACACCACUGCAUCCCGAUGAUUACUUUGCGAUAUCAUUAAAGGCGAGCGCCGAGUUCUGCCACAUUGGUAACCGCGUCCAGCACCUCUUCGCCCAGUCAACUCGCAUCAGCACUCAGGUCGCCCAGAGCCUCGAUCGUGAACUCACCGAGUGGUACGCCGCUCUCGAUCCAGUCCUUAUGGAUACCACAAACGCUCCGCUCCGCAUGGCUGUUGCGCGGGAAUUCCUGCGAAACAGGUACUAUAAUCUGCGGCUGAUUCUCUCGCGCUGCUUUCUGCUGUAUAUGGCGUAUGAUUCGUCGAAAAAGCGCGACGAGCGUCAUCAUCCUCACCAGCAUUCAGACGGGGAAUUGGAAUUGGUGAACCUCUGCCGCUCCGUCGCGGCGGAGGCGAUCGAUGCUAUUGCCCUGCACUGGGUGCCCAACCGGACUCAGGUGUGGAAUUCCGCCUGGUAUCUCUUCCAGGCGUGUAUGGUCCCGCUUCUUUCCAUCGCGAUGGGUGCGGAGUCGAGCUCCAAUGAUAGUAGCACCUGCGUUGCUCCGGGUACUACAAUGGCAUCACACCACACAACCCUAACAAAAGCCCUGACAACAUUCGCCGAAAUGAAACCCUGGCUGCGCGCUUCGGAUCGCGCCGCGAAUAUCGUGGAGGCGCUGGUAUCGGCUGUCUCGCACGUUCCAGAUCCAGACUCGGACGCGUUCCAUACCGCUGCGAAUGCAAAUGUAUCUAGAUCCAUGCACACGCCCUCUGUAUCAGAUGGUGGGUUGCACCUGUUUGGGCUACCAGAUGAGUUCCUGACCGAGAUGGAUUGGAGCGCUAUUAUCGACGGCACGGAAGGGGAAUUCUUUGGGUGUUUGGGGCCGUUGACCUGAGUGGGAGGGGGGAAAGUAAUCUAACAGCCGGUUGCUCGAAUCUUAUGAGGACGUGACAAUGCCAAACACGGCAUAUUGUUCCAGUAUCAGGGCUACGCUGGAGAACGACGAUCGUGGAACGAGAAAAAUCGCGUCUUCAUGCUGUAGGGAAACAACGACCCUGUAGGUACUCAGCACAAAUACAGCAGGCGUGACGAAGGAUUCGAAAGAUGGACCUUCCUCUUUAGUUUCAAAGUUGCCAGGGAGACCAGUCGGGGAGGGUUGAUCCUUCCCUUCUAGAUCUAUGCGCGUAGUUGCCUUGUUUGUCAAGGCGCAGGCACAGAGUCCGGGAGAUGCCGCCCAUUGCCACUUCCUCCGCUGCAUCCAUCUCCCGCUUGGUGUGGAAACGCAUCGUUCUCGAAACACUGGGCUGCACCAUGUCUGAACCAACCCGGCCACGCGAGAUUCUACUCCUGCAUUGCAAUCGCUUUAGUCCAGUGAACCAUGUCAGCGGCUUUGGCAAUGCUCAUUCCUCGGGUCUUGUGAAGUAGUUAUGGAGAAGCUCUCAGCAUCUUGCCCACGACAUCCACCGUGAUGGCUGAGCAUGCCCUGCGCCGUGAAGUCGCUCUACUCCCGCCUUAUCAGUCGCUGAAUAAAAGCCACUUUGCGUAUCGAUAUGCUGCCGUAUCAGUCCGGUCUCGUCCUGUCUUAAUCCGGGGUUUCACUUCAUCGCCGGAGCCCAUCAAGGCUUCGAAGAAGCCAUUGGCGCUUGAAUUGGCGCACGGAGACGUAUUGUCUAUAAUCCCUGAAUUCGCCCAAUUGUCUGAGUUUGACACGCGGCCUUAGCUCCUCUGGGAAGCUUCGUCUAUUAUGCUGUCG